UUUUUUUGCUCCGAUUUUACGCGUAUUUUUUGACAAGUCUCAUUCGUGUAUCGUUUUUGUUUUUUGUACGAGAAUUAAUUCGAAUUAAUUUUGAAUAAUCAACUCACGAAUUAACAGUUAUUCGAUCAUUAAUGUCUUUCACAUCAGUUUUCACUUCUUCAUCUACUGUAUUCUGUCUUGUAUGUUCACCAUUGUCUGGGGUAGUCGAAGUAGAAGAAACCACUGGCUUCGCUGCAUCGCUGUAAAAGUGCUGCAGCGUUGUGCUCUUAGCGUAUAGGAAUGACUGAAGUGGAUCCAAGUUUGAUUGCGUUAGAAACCCUGGAUCGCACGUCGCCAGAGUUGUGGCCAGAGCCAAUCCCAGGAGUUUCAGGAUUUGCGCACCUCCAUACAUCGUUUCAGAAUAAGUCGCAGCAACCAUGGAAUGGCCCCUUGGACAAAGAAGAUUAUGCUCAAAUGAACUAUUAUGGAAGUCUAUCGCAAAAAGAACUGAUAGCGGAAGUAAAAAAAUUAUACGAUGUAGCAUACAAUUUAGGUUGUGAAGAAGCGAAGGAAAUGACCAGGGGGAAAUAUUUACACAUCUUACAGAAGAAGAAAAACCAUUAGACUACUGUACCUGAUUUUCUUCCUUUUUCUUUUUUUUUUUUACAUAAUAAGAGAUUUUGACUUGUACAUAAUAUUUUGUUAAAAUUUAUUAAAAAGAUGUGAAUUUUUAA